ACAUAGGUCGACAGUGACGGUGGGAGGGAGAGUUCGCCUCAUGACGCCCGCCCUGACAUCACUUGCGCUGGCGGAGCAAAGCGGAGGGGUGCGUUGAUAUAGCCAGAGUGCCUCUCGAUCACUUUACGCUCAAACGCUGCUAUCUGGAUGAGGGAGAAGGCGAGGCGGCAGAACUGAACGAGGGAGAGAGCUGCGCACAGAGAGCCAAAGAGCUGCGGAACGCACAGAAUAAAGCAUGACAAAGGCAACCUCUGCGCAUGGAUAAAUCCAAGCCCAUUCACCAGCAUUCUACUGCUGCUGAGCCCCCCGACAAAAUGGGACUGUGCCUAAUUUGGAAUGUGGUUACAUGCGACCAAGGACCGACUUCAUGAACAUUUGUUGGAAAACAACGCAAAAAAACUCCAAGGGCUGAUUUGUUUUCCAGACCAACAUCACCAAACGCUGUGCGCCUUUUUUUUUCUACUCCGAGGAUCAAUUGCCGUUUCCCCCUUGGAUCACGGGAGACAGCUCUCAUAUCUUCAGCUUUGAGUUGGAAAGUUAGGCAGCAAGGCGAUUGUGUGUGGAGCUUAAAUUGGCUCUGCGCCGUUUUCUGCAGAGGAGUCCCGGGAGGAUGAUAUUUAAAGCAUUGCGCUCCGUGGAGGGUUAGACGACACAUCUGGUUGAUAGCCUAGUUUUGAAAAAAUCCCAGCAUGCUCUGUCCAGUCACUUGAAAACGCUAAACGUAUGACUAGAAACUGCUGAGAUUGAUUUCUGUAUUGUUUUACCACUAACAAGCCUAAGAAACUUUAACAAUUGCUCUUGGCAGUAAAGAAACAGAGUGCGAGCGAGGAAAGAUCACGGCUGCCUUUUUGUGCCAUUUUGCUUAUGUCGCAUUACGUGAUUUGUGAAAUAUUUACAUACUACACACUAUAUUUUUGAUACAGCAAAAUUUGAAACUAUUAUUUAUUCUCGGACACUUCAGGAACGGAAGGGGUAUUUUUUAUCUGGUUUGGCAAGCAAGCAAGCAAGUUGAUGCAUGACUGAGUGUUCCAUCAACACUGCGCACAGGGCAGUCCAACGGAAAAUUUAAUAGUGCUCAGAUCUUACUGGCGCACCAUCUUAAUCAAACGCCAUCGAUCCGUACCUUGACGCUCUGCUGGAGUUUAUUUGGACAUCUGGAUGCUAAGAAUAAGUGUAAGGAAAGGAGAGAAGCAAAGGAGAAAAAUAAUGUUUUGUCAGCACGAGAUAUGAAAAGAUUUAGAAAAUACAUAUAUAUUACAUUUCCUCAAAAGUUUAGAUAGGCUAUCAUCAACUCACAUUUAGCCGAUUUUUUGUUAUUCCUUGUAUAACCAUAAUUUUAAAAUCUAUUUAUUAAGACAAGUAAUCUAACAUUAUUAUUACUACAUAUUGCAGUUCGAUAAUUAAAAGAUAAUUUAAAAAACGUUUGAAAAGAAAAUUUUGGUCCCUGGGAGUAUAACUCAGACUCAGCAUGGCAUCCGUGUUGGACAGUGCUUGUUCGCCAGCCUUGACUAUGACGGGGAGGAACGGCAGCAGCAGCAGUGGCACCUCCUCUCCAACCUGCAACCAGAGCAUGCUUAAACUGGCCCCCUACUCCCCGGAGGCCACGGCGGCGUUCGCCACGGCAAUCACGCUGAUGGUGCUCAUCACCAUCGUGGGGAACAUCCUGGUGAUCAUCGCGGUGCUGACGAGCCGCUCGCUGCGCGGCCCUCAGAACCUCUUCCUGGUGUCGCUGGCAGCAGCGGACAUCCUGGUGGCCACCCUCAUCAUCCCCUUCUCGCUGGCCAACGAGCUCAUGGGCUACUGGUACUUCCGCACCGUCUGGUGCGAGAUCUACCUGGCGCUGGACGUGCUCUUCUGCACCUCGUCCAUCGUGCACCUGUGCGCCAUCAGCCUGGACCGCUACUUGUCCAUCUCGCGCGCCGUCACCUACGGCGCCCAGCGCACGCCGCGCCGCAUCAAGGCGGCCAUCCUGGUGGUGUGGCUCAUCUCAGCGGUCAUCUCCUUCCCGCCUCUGCUCUCCAUGAACAAGAAGCAGGACGCGGAGGGCGAGGGCCGAGGCCCGCAGUGCCAGCUGAACGACGAGCGCUGGUACAUCCUCUACUCCACCAUUGGCUCCUUCUUCGCGCCGUGCCUCAUCAUGAUCCUGGUCUACAUGCGCAUCUACCAGAUCGCCAAGCAGCGCACGCGAUGCCCGCCAGGGGAGCCGCGCAAGGACGGAGCCAAGGGGUCGUCGUCGGCGGCGCCCACCCCGCAGUUGAAGACCCACGGCCAGCACCAGCCCAACGGCAGGGGCAGCGGCGACGCGGGGACACCAGGUAUCCCCCACAAGCAGGUGGCCAAGGCCACUCCCCGGCCUCACCAUCUUGCCGUGCCGCACACGCCCUCCCCUCACAUGGGCAAGCGGCAGCAGCAGGCUGGCACCCCGUCGGCCAACAACCUGCUCCAGGGGCCCUCACCCUCCCCGGCUCCAACCCCGACCACCCCCCUGGGGCCGACGCCGGCAAACUCCCCCUCUAUAUCCUCCGCCAGCCAGCCGCAGCAACAACAGCUGCCGGACAGUACUCCAGUCAAGCCAGCUAAGGAGUCCGCGGUGGCGCCAGCGGACGAGAAGAAAUCCAAGCGCCAGGAGAAGAAGGCCAUCAACAACAACGGGGACACGUCCAGCUCGGACUCGGACACCGAGCCCGGCGGAGCGGGCAGUGGCGGCGGUGGCCCGGACAACAACCCCACGCCCAGCAUGGCGGGCUCGCCCAGCCCGGGCAUCCACUCGCCCGCCACCAUGCAGAAGUACCGGGACAUGAUCGCAACGGCCAAAGGCGCCAAGCUGAUCGCCCGCAGGUCCAAGCAGGAGGGCACGCCCAACUCGGCGCGCCGUAAGGCCAUGGUCAACCGUGAGAAGCGCUUCACCUUUGUGCUGGCGGUGGUCAUCGGCGUCUUCGUGGUCUGCUGGUUCCCCUUUUUCUUCUCAUACAGCCUGCAGGCCAUCUGCCCGGAGACCUGCAACCUCCCCGAGCCCCUCUUCAAGUUCUUCUUCUGGAUCGGCUACUGCAACAGCUGCCUCAACCCGGUCAUCUACACCAUCUUCAACAAGGACUUCCGUCGGGCCUUCAAGAAGAUCUUGUGCAGGAACACCAAGGGCACAUUCUUUUGAAGGCAAAUGGGGUGGGGUGGGGGCAACUUACCAUGUCAUGCUUUUCCUAAAGGGCAAAAAAAUAAAAAAUAACAAAAUAUUCAAUCAAAACAGCAAACCGACAAUGCAUUUUGUAAAAUACAGAGGACAAUACUGGUGUAUGAACACACACAGGACACCUUCAAGCCUUGAGAUAAAAAAAAAGACCACCUAAACACCUUCUAGAGACAAACAGGUACAAAAAACGAAACAAAUGAUGAACUUGACACGAAUCUUCUCAUGAGGUGAAUGACAAUGAUGAUCUACUGCUCUGACUGUCUUAACAGAGGUUGCUUUUGGAAUGCAAUAAAGAGAGGCUUUUCCCCCAUCAACACUGACGGAGACUGAAGGGUCAAAUGAGGGGACGGCUUUUAUUCAGAGGAGACAAGGAUGGCACAUACCAGUGGGUGGAGGGUGAGGUGAGGUGGCGGCGGCGCUUGUUUUGAAGGCAAAGGGCAUAAGAAAAGCACAAGACCGGAUUACAAGUCUGUUCCAUUUUUUUUUUUGGUUAUAGUUCUUGUUGUGGUUGUUGUUGUUGUUAUUGUUGUUGGUGUUGUUGUUGAUUGCCAUUCUGAGAACAUACUGGCCUCAGGGAUACUCAGCGCAUGCGAUCUUGUAAAAGAUUUUUAUCCUGAUGAGAGCCCGACAAACAAAGCCUGGAUUUUUUUCAUUUUUUUCUUUUUUUCAUUUUGUGAUGAUCUGGUUUUCUCUGAACACUAUGCUUAGGUGUACUGUAAAAUCAUUUAAAAAAAAAGACUUCACAUGUAUCCAGAGCACGGAGUCAUGACAUUGAUAUAUCUUCAGAGCUUUAAUGUUUUAUAAUGAAGUAGACAGACGGUGAGGAUUUUUAGAAAAAACGCCUUUGUACUACUCUCUGGCCUUCCAGCGCUGCUGUCUGACGAGGGCCUGCCCACCAGGUGACAAGCACAAGGCGAGACACAAACAACACUAAAGUGGAAUCAGGUGAUUUGUGUGAAGGGGACACUGGCACUCUGUGGAACACAAUGGAUGCGUUUGAUGGGUGGUAGCGGCGGUACAUGCCUUGUGUGUGUGUGUGUGUGUGUGUGUGUGUGUGUGUGUGUGUGUGUGUGUGUGUGUGUGUGAUGGGUGGUAGCGGCGGGACAUGCCUUGGCAGACUACUGCGCUGCCUCAUACAGAAAGUAUAAAAAACAGUCGACAGAUGCCAGGCAACGACAGAGGAACUGACCAGCCAUUUUCAGGGCAGCGUAAAAGAGAUCCUUUUGUUGCCAUUUUGGAUUUAGUCUGUUUUCCGUGUGUAUUAUUUCCAUUUUGAGGAAGGGAGAUGAGGAGGAAGAGGGGGCAGAUACAAAUCUUUCCAGCUUCUUACUUAAGAACUGUAACUGUAACAGUUUUACAACUCAUGCAUCAACAAAAAAAACUGUAUUGUUUUUUCUUUUUUGGGGUGGGGGGAUCCAGGAGCUUUGCGAUGAUGAUCACACAUACGUGACUCUCUCCUGUGUACUCUGCACUCCGUAAAUAUGCCACUGUUGAGGAGGAUGACCACUGUCUGCCUCUGUACCCUGGCAGUCCCCCCCCCCUUACUGACCUGACUGUGAAAGGCUACGCUUCGUCAGGGAGACUCAUGGGACUAAGGGCUGAAGGCAAUGAUGCUUAUUUUCUCUAUCUCUCUUAGCGUGUGUGUGCGGGUGUGUGAUAAAGAGGGAGACAGUGGUAUGUGUGUGUGUGUGUAUGUGUUUGUGUGUGUGUGUGUACGCAUGUUUGUGUGAUUUAAGAUCUUUAUGUGUGUGUGUGUGUGUGAGACUGUGUGCGUGUCAAAGCCAGAGUGGUGUGCACGAGUCUUGCUUAUGUGUGUUUUUGCGCAUGCCGGCCGUGGCAUCAGAGCUCAAGAAUGUGUGCUGUGAGCGAGUGUGUGUACGCCUGAACCCCUGUGUGCGUGUGUGUGUCAUGUGUGUGCUGUGUCUCUGGGAGAUAGUUGGCGUGCUUGAGUGUGCGAUUGUCAGACCCAUGACCUGCUCUGACAGCCCCCAUCCGCCUGCAGAACCAAAACAAAAGCAAUUAGCGAGCCAGAAAGUUGAGAUGAGUGACUGCUAUGGAAACGCAGGGCAUCCCGCAGUCUCUGGUGUCAGAGCCAAUCGGUGUUAAGGACAGGGUGGCCCUGACCCUGC